UAGUCUUUUGGCAACUAAAUAGAAAUGACUGCAAUUUAGAAUUAAGUUAAAUAUUCCAUAGAUUUAUAUUUAAUUACUCUUUCUCAGACUCGUAACCGCAAAUGGUUUAUUUUAACAACGUCCCUUUCAAUGAAACGAAAAAGGAGGCUUUAUUCGUAUAAAUAAUGACAUGGAAAACGUGUGGAUUUAGCAAAGUAACACUGGAUGUUCGUAAUCUGCACCAAAUGUGCUUCUCCAGGUAUAUACACCUGUCUACACGUCCAGAUCGUAGAUUGGCGUAGCUGAGGAGAAAGCGCUGUUACGGACAGGGUGAGCUCUCCCUGGCACGGCUUUUUCAUUUCUACACUUCCUGUUUCUCAGGUGAGGUGCGGUCAUCCGUAGUUCACAAACUUCCGCUGGACAGAUAUUAGGAGAACAUCUUCAGAAGAAGAAAAAAUGCUUGAAAGUAUCCCAUCAGUUUCGACCUCAGAGAGGCAGCAGGUCCUGCAGGCCCUGGAGAGACUGCAGUCCAAGCUGAAAGACCGGGAUGACCGGACGCAUAGCGAGAGGCUGGGAGCGCUGAGAGAUGCCUUGCGGAGUCCGCUUCUUGGCCACAUCCUGACACUGCAGCACUCCAUCAAGCAGCUGAAGGAGCAGCUGAAUCGCCUGCCUCCAGGUACUUCUAGUGACUUUGAGUUUUCCAAGAAGGGCCAGUUGAUUCUCAGUGCCAGUCAGCCUGUCGGGAGCGAUUAUGGAUCAGAAAAGCCAACUUCUCCUUUUGGAAAUGGAUUUUCCACCCCCAGCCAUUACGCUGAAGAGUUCUGGAAAAGGAUCGAGGCAGCAGCAGAGGGAAGAGAGGUUGAGCACAUCAGCCUCCCGAAGCCUGUCUCUGGGGGCCUGGGCUUCAGUGUAGUGGGGCUGAAACGUGAGGAUGUUGGGGAGCAUUGCGUCUUCAUCAAGCAAGUUCAGCCAGGCAGCAUCGCCGAUAGGGAUGGGAGGCUGAAGGAGAACGAUCAGGUCCUGGCCAUCAACGGCACCCCUCUGGACCAGAACAUCAGUUACCAGCAGGCCACGGCCCUGCUGCAGCAGUGUGCGGGCACCAUGCAGCUCGUGGUGGCCAAGGAGCCAGCCAGGAGCCAUGGAGGAGGUCCGGACUUCAUGGAGCACACUCAGAGAGUUGAGUGGGGGCAUGUGGAGGAGCUCGAGCUGGUGAAUGAUGGGUCUGGCCUGGGAUUUGGAAUCGUGGGAGCCAAGGCCACCGGAGUGGUGGUCAGGACCCUCAUUCCUGGAAGUGUGGCUGAUCGGGACGGGAGGCUUCGCACAGGAGAUCACAUCCUUGCCAUCGGGGGCACGGAUGUCCAGGGUCUGUCCAGCGACCAGGUGGUGAAGGUGCUGCAGAGCUGUGGCAGCCGGGUGCAGAUGGUCGUGGCCAGGGACCCCCUGGGCGACGCGCGCCCCAAACCCCCGGCCCCUGCGGCCGCACCCGUGUCUGCCCUUCCGCCCAUCCCGCCCCAUGGACAGGGCGAGCCAGACGCCCAGCAGUUGAACCUUGAGGGUUAUGAGAUCCAUGACGUUCCCCUGCAGAAGAAGGAGGGCCAGAGCCUGGGCAUCUCCAUCGUUGAGCACACUGGGAGAGCCGGUGAAGAGUCUCCAGGGAUAUUUGUGAAAACUGUGAUACCAGGCAGUGCUGCGGAGCAAAGCGGACAAAUCCAAGUCCAUGACAAGAUUGUUGCGAUCGAUGGCAUAAAUGUGCUUGGCUUCUCCAAUCGCGAGGUGCUGGAGGUCAUGAAGAGCACGGGGCGCACAGUGCACCUGACCGUGGCCAGGAAGAGGUCUUCGCAGAAGCACGUGCCUGUGGAGAGAUCCCUGGAUAAAGUCGUAAGGGAGCCUUCUCGUGUGUCUCUCAGGAGGUCAGCUGAAAUCAAAGUCAAGCUGGAUGCCCAGAAGGGACCUGUCUUUGAACCCACAGACCUGAUGCUCAGUGACAUAAAACCGCAGAUAACGCAAGAUCCAGAACCACUCACCUUGCCUCAGGACCAUUUAAGAGCCAAGUGGGAAAGUGCCCUGGGACCGGAAUAUGAGGUCAUGGUAGUUGAACUGGAUCCUGUAAUUGAAGGUGAUGCGGAGCUACAGAAAUAUUCCAAGUUGCUGCCAAUCCACACCAUGCGGCUGGGAGUGGAGCUGGACUCCUUUGAUGGGCAUCAUUACAUCUCCACAGUGGCACCAGGUGGGCCGGUUGCUAAGCAUGGCUUACUGAGGCCUGAAGAUGAGCUGCUGGAGGUCAACGGCGUGCAGCUGUAUGGGAAGUCCCGGCGGGAAGCAGUGGCCUUCCUGAGAGAAGUUCCACCCCCCUUCACUCUAGUGUGCUGCCGGCACCUGGUCGAAGAUGGCAUCGAGGCCUCAGUGGAAGAGCCCCCAGAGAGCUUGUUUCCGCCUUUGAGAAAACAGGGACAGGUGAUCCUUGAGGAAGAUGAGUGGGAACAGAUGGAAGUGCUAGCCAAGCGACAGGAGGAAGACGAAGAUGAAGAGGAGGAAGAAGAAGGGGAGCUGGCAAUGUGGUCACCGGAGGUCAAGGUGGUGGAGCUGGAGAAGGAAGACCGAGGACUUGGCUUCAGCAUCCUUGAUUAUCAGGAUCCCGAAGAUCUGAGACGCUCUGUGAUAGUGAUCCGGUCCCUGGUGCCGGGAGGGGUGGCUGAAUGCAAUGGGGGGAUCCUGCCGGGAGACAGGCUGGUCUUCGUCAAUGACACUCACCUGGACAGAUGCACCCUGCCAGAGGCAGUGGAGGUGCUCAAAUCAGUGCCUCCUGGGAAGGUCCACCUGGGCAUCUGUAAACCUUUAGUGCCAGAGCAGAUGGAGGAGCAGAAGACUGAAGUGGAACCAGAUCACCAGCCCUCCGGCACCCAGAUGAAAGAGAUGCUGGGCAGUGAGCCCCUUGUCAGCACUGUGCUGGACCGGGCUGUUCCCCCAGUCCCACAGUGCUUCGAUGACGAGACUCCUCUUCUGGAGGAGCUGGUAGAUGAACCAGAGGUGUACCUACGCAGCUCCCCCUUCCCCUGGAGGGGGCCAGGACCGGCUGGUGGAGACACCUUGGAGCUGCUGCAGCCAAGUGGCGCUCUAGGGAGGAGUGAAAUGGUGGUAGACGAGGAGGAAGAGCAGCAAGAGGGGAUUCUCACGCAGGAAGAACUGGUCGACCCUGCUGACCUGCCUCCUCCUUACAGCAGAUUACAAGAAGAGGAUGAAGACAAGGACCAUGUUUAUGAUAACAGGAUGGCGCCAGAGACCAGAGAACCCCUAAGCAGCCCUCACUCCAGUCCCCACAUGAGCCUAAUCCUGGAGGCCCCCGAAAAUGACAUGGACUUCGAGUGGCAGCCUGAAAGUGGGGGUGACUUGACCCCUUCCAGGAAUAGCAUCUCUGAACAAACUGAGAUGGAGCAAGUAAUUGAGACGCCAUUAGUCUUUCCAUCUGGAAUGGAGGCAGGGAAGAGGAGGAGUCAAGGGGCAGUGCCCUCUUAUUUAGGAAUAACCAGCAGCGAGCUGCCUGAGAGAGAAGAAGGGGAAGGGGAGGAAACGCCUGCCUACAGUCACUGGGGUCCCCCCAGGAGGGUGGAGGUGUGGCGCGAGCCUGCAGAAUCUCUGGGCAUCAGCAUCGUGGGUGGCCACACAGUCAUCAAGAAGCUGAAGAACGGGGAGGAGCUGAAGGGGAUCUUCAUCAAACAGGUCUUGGAGGAAAGUCCAGCCGGCAGGACCAAGGCCCUGAAGACUGGGGACAAAAUCCUAGAGGUGUCAGGGAUGGACCUUCAAAACGCCAGCCAUAAUGAAGCGGUUCAGGCCAUUAAAAACGCGGGGAACCCAGUCAUCUUCACCGUGCAGAGCCUCUCAGCCACACCACGGCCUGUGUCAGUGAUGGCCCCGAGCUACAGCAAGCACAAAGCCAAGAGCAAAGCCAUGAAGAAAUCACCUCCAACAGGCGUCCCUCCACCAAUGCGGCUUCCUCCCCCCUACAGAGAACCCGGUGGAGACACAGAGGACAGAGAGGAGAAACGGGGCCGAGCCUGGGAGAAGAUAAAGCAGAGGUAUGGGGAGCUGCCGGGAGAGCUGCACAUUAUUGAGCUGGAAAAGGACAGGAAUGGCCUGGGCCUCAGCCUGGCGGGCAACCGUGAUCGCUCCUGCAUGAGCAUCUUCGUGGUGGGCAUCAGCCCGGGUGGGCCAGCUUUCAGAGACGGGCACCUGCGAGUGGGAGACGAGCUGCUCGAGAUCAAUAACCAAAUACUGUAUGGUAGGAGCCACCAAAAUGCCUCUGCAAUCAUCAAGAGUGCACCUUCCAAAGUCAAGAUUGUUUUUAUCAGGAAUGAAGAUGCUAUCAACCAAAUGGCUGUUCCUCCUUUCCCGGCACCUCCAGCAUCUGUUUCUUCCAAUGAGUCUCAUGAUUUCUCUGGGAUGCUGACAGCCAAGGAAAUGUCCCAGGGGACCGAGGAGUUUGCACACAAGAAGAAUAUCCCUGAGGUGUCCCUGGGAAAGGAGCAGACUAGCCUGAAAGCAGAGGCUCAAGGGACAGAGGUGGUGCUGAAGAGUCUCAGUGAGGGUGAAGCCACAUCUAAGAAAGUCAAGAUAUAUGAAAAGGAUGCGGAAGCAGAGAUCAAGAGUCCUAGAGGACAGCUUCAUGAACAGUCUGCCAGCACCCCAAAACCCAUCUUCGCCAAGAUGGCUGCCAGCUCUGUGGACAGGACUGUGGUGUCAUCUGCUGCUCUUCCGCCUUCUGGCAGCCCCCCAGACUUCGAGUACACCGGCCGAGAUCCAGCCACCUGCCCCAUCGUCCCGGGACAGGAGACCGUUAUUGAGAUCUCCAAGGGCCGCUCCGGCCUGGGACUGAGCAUCGUGGGAGGAAAAGACACACAACUGGACGCCAUCGUUAUUCACGAGGUGUAUGAGGAGGGAGCUGCUGCUCGGGACGGCAGACUGUGGGCUGGAGAUCAGAUCCUGGAGGUGAACGGGUCGGACCUGCGCCACGCCUCCCACGAGGACGCCAUCGCGGCCCUGCGGCAGACCCCGCCCAAGGUGCGGCUGACGGUCUUCCGCGACGAGCACCAGUACAAGGACGAGGAGAACCUGGACGUCUUCUCCGUGGAGCUGCAGAAGAGGGCCGGCCGCGGGCUGGGCCUCAGCAUCGUGGGCAAGCGGAAUGGAACAGGGGUCUUCAUCUCUGACGUCGUCAAGGGUGGGGCGGCUGAUCUGGAUGGCAGGCUGAUGCAGGGAGACCAGAUCCUGUCCAUCAACAGGGAGGACAUGAGGAGUGCCUCUCAGGAGACAGUCGCGGCCAUACUCAAGUGUGCCAAGGGGGCGGUACUGCUGGAACUGGGCAGACUCAAGGCUGCUUCCUGGCUCUCCUCCAGGAGAACAUCUGAGGGCAGCCAGGUAAGCCAUGCCAGUGCCAACAGUGUUCUCCUGGCGUCCAGUGGCUCUCACUUCCACAACAGCAGCAAGAAGCUCCCUGUGGACCCCGCCAGUGGAAACUCAGGAGCAGAGCCUGGCUUGCGAACAGUGGAGGUCAUUCGGGGCCCUACAGAUGCGCUGGGAAUCAGCAUUGCGGGGGGCAAGGGCAGCCCCUUGGGUGACAUUCCCAUCUUCAUCGCCAUGAUCCAGGCCAGUGGGGUGGUGGCACGCACACACAGACUCAAGGUGGGGGACCGGAUUGUAAGUAUUAACGGGCAGUCUCUGGAUGGCCUGGCUCAUGGAGAGGUGGUUAAUCUUUUGAAGAAUGCCUUUGGCAGCAUCUCCCUGCAGGUGGUGGCCGACACCAACAUCAGUGCCAUAGCCAGCCAGCUGGAGAGCAUGUCCGCCAGCUCGGCCCUGACCAGCGCCUCUGAAGUCCCGAGCGAGGAGCCAGAACCUCCUCAGCCUAAAACCAUCACUCUGGAGAAGGGGUCAGAGGGCCUGGGCUUCAGCAUCGUGGGGGGGUACGGGAGCCCCCAUGGAGACCUGCCCAUUUACGUCAAGACUGUAUUCAGCAAGGGGGCAGCAGCUGACGAUGGCCGGCUGAAACGCGGGGACCAGAUCUUGCUGGUGAAUGGAGAGAGCCUGGACGGGGUCACACACGAGCAGGCUGUGGCCAUCCUGAAGCGCCAGAGAGGGGCGGUCACCCUCGCCAUCCUGUCCUGACCCCACCCCCAGGUGCAAUGCCAGGACAGGUCAGAGGGAGUUUGCCUUAAUCGGAAGGGAAUCGGAAGAGUCCUGAGGGGAUCUGUGUUUGUGUGCCGCUUUCUCAGAGAGGCCUAAGGAACCUGAAAGUGGCCCGCAGCAGUUCUGAGCGUAGGAGUCUUGGCCCGACCCUCAAGGUCCGCAAAUUCAGAAAACACCACCUCCAAAGUACUGUUGGAAAUGUGUUUCAGUAACGUUACACCAUAGAGUGAUGAUUAAAAUUGCAAAUUGAUAUUUUAAUUGCACAAGACAUAGAACAUUACAAUAAAAUGUUUUUGAAGGCAGUGUCCACGGAUAUCUACUGGCCAUUUUUCUUUUUGUCACUGCAAAAGAAAAACUGAAGGACCUUUAGAGUCCCAAAUGUUCUCACUAGAAUGUGAGAUUGGGUGCCUCUUUUCACUCAUUUAAGUGAGCUGUUAAAACAUGGGAUCAUCCCACAUGUUUGUGCCGAGAUCACGUUUCUUCUUUCUGCUGUUACAGAAUAUGGACUAAGAGAGGCGUUGUGUACUGUAUGACGCAUAUAAAACCUAAAGAACACAUUAGCAUCAAUUCAAAACAUGAAAUUGAUUUGUUACUACACGGAGUAGCAUAUGCAUAACCAGUUAUAAAAAAAUAAACUUCCACUUUUAGGAGUCACCUGUAAGCCAUGUGUUAAUUUUUUGUGAAUUACAUACAGUACUACCAUGUGCUUAUUAGUCUUAAUCGCUAAUAAUAAAUAAACCUAGGCUGUUCCAGUAGAAAAGUAAUAAGAGGUGUUUUAAAAAGUUACCCCUAAAAUAAUGUUUUAAAUAAAUAGGGUAUAAAUCACGUUUGACACUUGAAAAUUAUAUGCAAAAAGACCUUAUAACCACCUAUCCCAGCCUGAUUGAAACGCAGCUCUAUUGCUUUCUGUGCUGUGAGCCUAUAAAGUGUUUCAGGUAGGAAUUUGUGUUGACUGAUGGUUGUCUAACCUUCCAGUGACCCUUAGACGAUGACAUUUCGACCAGUGAAACAGGACACAGCGAGGGUCUCUGGUCAGUAGACCAGUGGGCAGGGUGUGAGCCAUUGAGGAGCGUCAGUCAUUUCUGCAGGGUUAGCAGGCUAGAGGUGACAAGAGUAAAGUCUGUAAAGUUUUUCAUUCAGGGAUUUCAUGCAGAGAUAUAUGGUCAUCAGUACUUCUGAAACCCCUCCUCCCCCUUCACUCUUUGUUCAUUAUUAUUAAAAUAGCCAAAAUGUAACAACCGUAACCUUUCCUGAAACUCGAAUCGGAACAGAGCAGUUGUAGUGUUGCAGAAUCAGGUCUAAAUUUUUUUUUAAGCUUGCUUUUCUUAGUUUAUAUUUAGUCCUAAGUCUUCAAUGGUGCGUAGAAGUGUCAUUUUGUUUUUCGCUACAAUUCUCUUCUAAACACAAAAAAGUGUAUCCAGUAGGCACGUAACACAGAGCCACGCACACCAACCAAGAAAUUGCUUUACAGAAACACUGGAUCAGAGGACACUGAUCCUGAUUGGAAGAGGGGCUUGUAGCAGUUCUCUGCCAUGCUUCAAUGAAACUCAAUCUAAUUGAAAUGAUUCCUGGGAGAACUGUAGCAAUGAACAGUUUCGUUAGAGCUAGCAAGGUCUUUUAAAUGCAGGAAAGUGAGAGCAAUUUGGUUAAUUGCAAUCUCAAUUAAUUGCUACCUUGAUGCACGUUUGCUGUGAAAAGCACCAGCCUCAAUUUCUCCUUGCCUUAUUUCCUUGGAAUCAGCCAGUGUGAAGCGUCCAUUGUAGACGGUCUCAGAAAUAGGAGCUACAGUACCCUGGAGUUUAAGAAUGCUGACUAAUCCAGCGGUCACUUUAAGACAGGAGCUACAACCACUCUGCAAACUGUGGGUGAUCACUCUGAUUCCAGCAGGUGGUUAAACUACAGAGGCCAUCCCCAUUCUGGUUUGAAUGGGUUCAGUCCACCCUGUCUCUUAGUGGCACUUCCAUUAUUGAUAGGGAGGAGCUACUUUGGGCAGGUGUCUAAUCUUUUUAUGGAAAAUAUCCCACUUGCCUUUUUAAAACUCAUGUUUGUUCUUAAAAAAAAUAUUUCCAAUAGGAUAUCGAUGCCCUUGUAAAUAGUUAAAUUAUUACAUUUUCUGUUUUAUCCGCCUUCAUUUUUUGUCUAUUUGUUAACUGUGGUUGUUGUGAGCAGUGAGGGCUGGUGUCCAAGACUAGCUACUGUCUCUAGCAUUGAAUUCCGGAACUGGACUGAAUGCAGGAAAUCUGCCAUUUCCUGUCUGAUGUGUGCCUGUACACAAACAUGAUUUAAACAAGUUCCCAUCCAUGUCUCAACAUCAUUUCUUGAAGACCUAAGAGUUUUAACAGGAACACAUCAAGUCAGCAAAGCGUUUAUGAAUAUUAAAACUGAAGCUGUGACCUUUGCAAACGCUUUGCCCAUGCCUGUCGGCCCAAUCAUGUUGUUUCUCCUGGAUGUUGCCAGUUCAAGACCAGGCUGUGCCACAGGUAGGGCCCAGUUCUACCUGCCGUCACAAGGGGCAGUGUAAUAAUGGCAGCAGAAGGACAGAACCUCCCUCUAAAAUACUGCAGUAAGGGUGAGUGGUAGGGCGCAGUUCAACAGAGACUGUUUCAGGUGUGAUGUCUGUGUCUCCUGAGCUGGCAUCUGGGAAUCAUGCCCAGAAUAAGGCAGCAGUAUAGAUUUUCUUCAACAUCCACAUGUGAAAACUACACGUUCUAUAGUGCUUUUGUACUGUUUAAUUGAUCUUGGUUUUCUAAUAUCCAUUCUCUGAAGCAAACCUGUUUCUGUUGUUUGCAUUGCAACUUUUUAUUGUUUUUCUUCCCCAAGUAACUGAAGUUCCUACUAAGCUGCCCAGCAAUAAUACACACAGCAUGGAAAAAAUUGUCAGUUCAUGUUCAAAGACUUUUCACCAUUAGAAGUCCUAGAUUUGACCAUUUUGCAAAACAUCAUGUUGGUAAAAACGUAACACUUAAUUCCGUUGAUUCUUUCUAACGCACACAAUCACUUUACUCUGUUAGCUAAGUGAUUACUAUGUUGUUUUUUCAAACUCCUUUAAAAAGAAUAAGGUUGUUGUAUCUAUUUCUGUUAUUCUCCUCUAAAUCCAUUAAUAACAGUUAUUAUGUGCCAAAAAAAAUCAAUCAUCUUUAGGAUUUUUUCAGGAGGUCCCUAAUUUCACACUUCAGUGGAUGUCUGCAGAAUACAAGUUGAAUUGCAGCUUCAUUUUGACUAUAUCAAGCCAAGGAAAUUAUUUUUUGGAAACAUAAAAUCUUAGUGUUUCAAUGCAGAGCACAACUUUGUUUUUUUAGAGUCAGAAAAUGGUCCUGGCAUUUUUCAAAAGCCUCCCACGGGUUGUUUUUUUUAACGUAUGAUUGUAGAAAAUGUGAAAAUGAGAAAGGCCCAAAGGAACAUUUCAGUGCCAUUUCAGUGUUCUGGUGGUCAGGUUAGCAUUGUCUGUUUCUCUGCAAACCGUGAGCUGUAAUCCUCCUGUUUCAGACCUGGCAUUGUAAAACUAAAUCACCUUCAAGUAACUGCAGUCGGUUAGUAACGAAAUAUGUCUGACCAGCAAAAACUCCUUUUCUUGUCGGCAAAAGAGAUGUAGCAAACAGACUUUAUAUUCAGUUCCGAGUUCUGAGGAAAAUCAUUGUGUGUAUCUCCGAGCUGUGUCAAACACAAUGCUUCCAAACUGUAAUAAUGAAAUGGGUCUCCGCACCCCUUGGUAACUGUGUCAGUGUUUCAUUUUUUGUCCUCUUAUUUCCGAUGUUUUUGUGAACGUUACUGUCGCUUUGGGAAUUCCGGGAUUUCCAUGGUGGUGUCUUAGAUGUUCAUUCUAAUUGUUUCUACUGUAUGUAAGUGAAUAAAAGAGAAGCUGGACUGGUGCUGGUGGCCUUUUGUUUGGUGUACCCAAACAAACAUGUGUUGAGAUACACCUUCGGGAGACUAGGUGGUGACUGCCAGUCUUCUGUGGUACGAAGGAAACAAAGCUUGUAUGUGUCACUAAUCGAUGUGUAGUGUUUUUUUGAAAUCCAAAGAAAUUAACUCAAACCAGUUAAUAAAGCUGAAAUGAAAUUGCA